ACUAGGGUGAAAAUUAAGCAAGGUGACGUGAUAGAGAGUAACUGGGGAACUACUUUAAGAGAGGUGGUUAAGAAAGACUUCUUUGAGGAAGUAAUUGAUAAACCAAAGCAUAUGCAACAGGACAGGAAGGAGCCAGAUGUAUGAUCAGUUGGGGGAAGAACGUUCCAGGCAGGGGGGACUAGAACAGCAGCAGUAGUGUGGGCGAGAGCUUGUAGCACGUAAGAGUUUAGUGAGUGGUUGGGACUUAGGGAGGGUGGACAGAGAUAAGUGAGAGAGGUCUGCAGGAUGGGAUCAUGUCAUGCCUUAAGGACAAGGUAAGCUCUCUGGACCCCAGCUGGCCUCAUGGUGAGUUCAAGGCCCUAAUCCAGUAGUCCAACGGAGUUCACGCCACCCUGAGCCUGGAAAGAUGGUGUCACAGUCUAUGGGCCGGCAGGAUUCUCCUGUGCACCCUUGGGAAGGGGUCAGCAGUGACCCUGGUGACGUUGAGGAUUCGCCCAAUCUCCUGGACACUGACCAGCCUCCUUGCAAAUCAGACGUCAGGUUCAUGAGGCACAGAGCUGCCUGGAUUAACCCCCAGUGUGCGCAGCAGCAGCUACAGGAUUUGCCCCCUCAGGUGCCGACAGCGGGGAACGGUGGGAACCACUUUGGAAGGGAUACCGCCUGUUCCCUGGACCCUUCACCGUCGUCCCUUGGGGACUCCAUGGUGGAGACAUCACUGUCCAAGGAUACUGCAGACUCUGCCUGGGGCUCUGGUGACAAGAGCAGCGACUUCUCUUUUACCUCCAAGGGAGGGCAGGCAGUACUCCCAGGAAAGUCUCCUCAGAUGUCUGUGUUCACAAGCUCCAAGGCUGCCUCCUCAUGUCCGGAAGCUGACAGCGCUUUUUUGAAGCCUUCCCAUCUGACAGCUUCUGCUGAUGAAGGUGCUGUUCCAGUCGGUAGAAGAACCACUUCUUUGAAUUCCUUCUCCCCAGAAGCAUUCUUGCUCCCUGUCGAUGUAGAAAAGGAAAAUGCCCACUUUUACGUAGCGGAUAUGAUGAUAGCAGCCAUGGAGGAAAUAAAGUGUACCAUCCUCGGUCAACAGCACACACAGAACUGGAGCGUAGAAGAAGCCAGUGCGUCGCUCGGGAAUGAUCAGGCGGACCCCGAAAUGGCCUUUUAUACGAGCAUAAAGCAGGAAUCUGGGUCUUCUGAUUCUUCUGACAGUGGCUACGAAGGCUGUGCUGUGUUACAGGGCAGCCCCGUGGCUGGGACCCCCACUUACUGUGAUGUGCUCAAAGAAGCCUGUAAAUGUGACUUUGAUGACUUUGUUGUCGUAGAAGUUGGUGAGUUUAACAAUAUCACAGAAACCUGUGGAUGCCCCUGCAACUCCUCUAAGAGUGUCACUUACGAGCCAAACUUCAAUUCUGCUGAGCGAAUAGCCAAAGAGUUGUACCGAGUAUUCCGGAAGUGCUGGGUGUUGUCAGAAGUUAAUCAUCAGCUGGCAGGUUCUCCGAAUGCAGCUGGCUCGAUCGUUGUGAAUGAAGAGCGUGUCCGAAAAGACUUUGAAUCCAGCGUGGAUGUAGUUCAGGAAAUUAAACUUAAGUCGAGGAUCAGAGGGGCUGAAGACUGGACGCCCCCUAGAUUUCAAAUCAUAUUCAGUGUUCACCCACCACUCAAGAGGGAUCUCGUGGUAGCAGCCCAGAAUUUUUUAUGUGCUGGCUGUGGAACUCCAAUAGAACCUAAGUUUGUGAAGCGGCUGCGGUACUGCGAAUACCUGGGGAAGUACUUCUGUGACUGCUGUCACUCCUACGCGGAGACCUGCAUCCCUGCCCGGAUCCUCACCUUGUGGGACUUCAGGAAGUACUACGUCAGCAAUUUCUCCAAACGGCUGCUGGACGGCCUGUGGCACCAGCCGGUUUUCAAUUUGCUGAGUGUUGGCCACAGCCUGUAUGCCAAGGCCAAGGAGCUAGACAGAGUGAGGGAAACCCGGGAGCAACUUUUUCAUAUCAAGAAGCUGUUGAGGACCUGCAGGUUUGCUGAAAGCACGUUAAAGGAGUUUGAGCAGGUGCCGAGGCACUUGACUAAUGAGCUCCACCUGUUCUCCCUGGACGAUCUGGUCAGGGUCAAGAAAAAGCUGCUGGUGCCCUUGCUCAAGGACAUUCUAAAAGCUUCCCUCGCACAUGUGGCCGGCUGUGAGCUGUGUCAAGGAAAGGGCUUCAUUUGUGAAUUUUGUCAGAGUGCCGCGGUCAUCUUCCCAUUUCAGACCGAAACGUGUAGAAGAUGUUCAGGAAGUCCCGUGAUCUCUAAACCGUUUCAUGGGAGCAAUCUGGCAAUGCAUUCUGCCUUUACCCUUGGGUGUAGAGCCUGCUUUCACAAGCGGUGUUUCCAGUCGUCUGGGUGCCCCCGGUGUGCGAGGAUCACAGCUAGGAGAAGACUUUUGGAAAGUUUACCCUCUGCGGCAUCAUGAUGCCCCAAGCAUUGUGGAAAAGACUCUUCAAUAUGCCUCGUAACACCAAUUUGUGUCUAUUAUCGAUAACGUUGUUUUAGAUUUUGAGUAUUGUAUAUUAAGAAGGGCCGAUAUUACAUAUAUUUAAUGUUUUCAAAAGAAUGCAGAUUGUUUGUUAUUAAGCAUUAACUUGUUACUGGUGGUUUUGUUUACACACGUUCAAUGUUUUUGCUGCUACUGUUUUUUUUAAAGAGUUUUUUGGAUUCUUCCUAAAUUGUACUUGAGGGGUUGUGUAUACCUAAUAUCGGAUCCUAUUUUUUUUUUAUGAAUUAUCACUGACAAGACAGAUGACUCCGUUCCUCUUCCUGUAAAGCUUGUCUUGUGAAAUGGAUUGGUACUUCCAAUGAACAAAAGUGCGACCCACAAUCUAUUUGCUCAGAAGUUUUUUCCGCCUUAAAUGCCAUUUUGUAAUUGUAUCAGUGUUACAGACUUGGCUCGUUCCAGGGUUCGUAUGGAGAGUGUACGUUGUUUCUGCAGUUACAUCUAUUUCGAGAUGAGCUUGAGUUGCUUAGCCGUGCCCGGAGGCCCUGCUUGACACAGUCACCUCUACGUGGCGCUCUCAGAAGUGCACACCUUUGUUAUCUCUCUUCCCCACACCAAGUCAAGGGAGGCAUGGAUGAAUAGAACUUCACACCUGCCCUUUAGGAUGUAGUCUCAUACAUAUAACACUGAACAUAAAGUGUUUGCAGAAAAUACUGUAAUAACAUUAAAAUACUAGUAAUUACUAGUAAAAUACUAGUAAUAGCAUUAAAAUCACAGACAUCACCUUAAGAGGU